AUGAACAUGAACCUGGUAAAAGCCUGGGGACGACAACACUGUGUUGGAAGAUACUGUGUGACUCUCAGUGAGCAAGAACUUACAGCAGAGGCUGGACUCUGUGUUGUGAUCCCAUGUUCUUUCACUACUGCUGAUGAGUUUACACCCAAACAUACAGUUUGGUACGAAUGUGAAGCAUCUCAACACAGCUGCAGCGAUGCUGACAUAAUAUUUCACAGCAACAAAAACACUGAGAAAAAAGCUCAGGCUGAGUUUGAAGGACGAGUCUCACGUUUGGAGCCUGAUGUGACUCAAAAAAACUGCAGCAUCAUCAUUAAUGAUCUGAAAGAGUCUGAUUCAGGAUCAUAUCAGCUCAGAGUUACUGGUGAACUGAAUGGAAAACAAGAUGGAUUCACAUUCAUUCCUAGAGUAACUGUCUCUGUUAAAGGUCUUAAUCAGAAGCCCACAGUAAUGAUUCCCACACUGACUGAGGGACAGCAGGCCACACUGACCUGCACUGCUCCUGGUCUCUGCUCUGGAUCUGUUCCUCAAAUCACCUGGACAUGGAGAGGAGCAGGAGGGACUGAAUCUUACAUUACAGGAAAUAGCACUGCGUUUAAGACUGAGGGUCUGACUCCUUUCACACAAAGACAUGUGUCAACUUUGACCUUUAACCCUUCAUCUGAAAACCACAACACCAAUGUGACCUGUAAAGUACACUUCAUUGGCAAAAUAAUGAAAGAAGAGACUUUGGGUUUGAAUGUGAACUAUAUGAAAAAAUUUCAAAUUACUGGCAUCACAACUGUUAAAGAGGGAGACAAUCUGAAUCUGACCUGCAGUGUUGAAAGUUUCCCUCCAUCUCUGAUUUUAUGGUCUAAACUUGGUUCUGUCACAAACCUGCACAAUGACACUGGAUCAGCCAAACUUGCCAUCCAGAAUGUGACAACAGAAGAUUCUGGACAGUACAUCUGUACAGCAACACAUCUGGACACAACUAUGACUUCUUAUGUCAAUGUGACUGUGACUUAUAAAAGGAAACCUCAGAUCAUCGGGAAUACAACAAUCAGGGAGGGAGAUGUUCUGAAUUUGACCUGCAGUGUUGAAAGUUUCCCUCCAUCUCUGGUCAUGUGGUCUAAACCUACUUCUAAGCCAAGCCGACACAAUGAAACCUACACUGACGCGCACAAUGACACUGGAUCAGCUACACUUGUCAUCCCAAAUGUGACAGCAGAACAGUCUGGACAGUACAUCUGUACAGCAACACAUCUGGACACAACUAUGACUUCUUAUGUCAAUGUGACUGUGACUUACACAAGAAGACCUUGGAUCAUUGGAAACACAACUGUGAAGGAGGGAGAUGUUCUGAAUCUGACCUGCAGUGUUGAAAGUGUCCCUCCAUCCCUGGUUGUGUGGUCUAAACUUGGUUCCAACACAAACCUGCACAGUGACACUGGAUCAGCCAAACUUGCCGUCCUGAAUGUGACAACAGAAGAUUCUGGACAGUACAUCUGUACAGCUAAAUAUAUGAACACUACCCUUAAGGAUAAAUUCAACAUAACAGUGAUAUAUAAAAGGAAACCUCAGAUCAUCGGGAAUACAACAAUCAGGGAGGGAGAUGUUCUGAAUUUGACCUGCAGUGUUGAAAGUUUCCCUCCAUCUCUGGUCAUGUGGUCUAAACCUACUUCUAACCCAAGCCGACACAAAGGAACCUACACUGACGCGCACAAUGACACUGGAUCAGCUACACUUGUCAUCGCAAAUGUAACAACAAAACAGUCUGGACAGUACAUCUGUACAGCAACACAUCUGGACACAACUAUGACUUCUUAUGUCAAUGUGACUGUGACUUGUAAGUAG